AUGUUCUCCAAGCAGAUCGUCCUCGCUCUCCUCGUUGCCUAUGCUGAGGCCCGUUUUGGCCAAGAGCAGGUUCCUAUCUCAGCCAUCUCCGCUGUUCAGGGUGGUGACCCAGGUGCUGCUGCUACCAUUGCUGGUGCAGCUAUCAGUGAUCUAUUGGGCGCUGCUGAUCCUUGCGCAAAGCUCGCUACUGCCGACAAGAUUGUCGCCGAGCUCGGUGGAGGUGCCGAUGCCAUCGCCGCCGCCAUUGGAAUGGUAACUGCUGAGAAGAACACCAACCCCUUCGCCAACGGCAACGUCCAGCAAGUUUGCGGAGACCCCACUCUCCCAGCUACCGCUGAGCUCAGGGGUAUCACUCCCUUGAUCGACCCUGCUGUCGAUGUUGACGGCGCCGUUGCCGCUUUGAGCGCCCAGACCGCUGCUAAUCCCCUCAACGCCGAUGGCUUGAGCGUCUUCGACCUCCUCAACGACAACGGCCUCGGUGAUCUCGUUGCUAACAGUGAGGGCGGUGCUGCUGGUGGCAACGCUGGCAACGCAAAUGCUGGCAACGCAAACGCUGGCAAUGCAAACAACAACAACCAGGGCAACCAAGGUAACGCCAACAACAACAACAACCAGGGCAACCAGGGCAACCAGGGAAAUGCCAACAACAACCAAAACCAGGGCAACCAGGGCAAUGCUAACGCUGGUGCUCAAGAUGAGGACUGCGAAGAAGAGGUCGCCAACGGCAACCAGGGUGGAAACCAGAACCAGAACCAGGGUGGCAACCAAAACCAGAACCAGGGCGGCAACCAGAACCAGAACCAAGGCGGCAACCAGAACGCUGGAAAUGCUACUGAGAACGCUGGCGGCAAUGCUGGCGGUAAUGCUGGUGGCAAUGCUGGUGGCAACACUGGAGCCGGCGGUGCUGACUUCGGUCUCUGCACUCCCACCAUCAUCUUCGAGGGCGGUCUUGGUGGCCGUCCCGCUACUGAGUUCACCUUCCAGAUCGCCGACGAGCUCGCCCGUGGCGGUCAACAGGAGGCCCUCAACCCCGAUAUCAUCACCAACGCCCUCUGCAACCAGCUCACCAACGUCUGCGAAGCCAACGCUGCUGCCGUCGCUCUCUGCGAGGACGCCAAGGCCCAGGUCCAAGGUGGCACCCGCAACAAGGCUCUCGCUGACCAGUUCAACUCGCUCGUUGGCUUCGCCGGCGCCGUCACAAACCCCUCUGGUGGCCCCGCUGAUGUUGGCGCGGCUGCUAAGAGGAGGGUCAUGAGGAGCCGUGUCUUCCGCGCUUAA